AUGACAAGGGCGGCAUGCGAGCGCAUGGCACCUCCCCACCCGCACAAAAUCAGACAAAAAAGAAAGAGGCAUAAAAAGGGAUUCACCACCAUUUUGCGCCGCGUUGGGCAUGCGGCACCUAACCCUCUGCCUCCAUUUCUGCCGCGCAGCAGCCGCAGCAGAAGGGGCGUUCGCUCAGUCCUCAUCAUCGCCGUCAAGGACGGCGAACACGUGCUGGUUGUCGUCGAGCAAAUCACGGACGCGGGCCUCGGGGUCGCAGGUGAUGCCGCCCUCUUUUUGGAUGCAGUUCGGCGACCCGUACUUGCGCCCGAAGGAGGCGUCGUAGUGAACCAUGGCUGCGUUGCCGAGCCAAAUUACAUCCUGCGUGCCGUCACCGCACUCCAGCGCAAUGACCUUCUCCCGCACAUGCACGUAGAUACGCAUCGUCACUAA